UCUUCAUCUAAACAGACAAACAACUAUGCAGCUCGUUUACUCCACUUCCAACCGCGUCUUUUGAGUCAACAAACCAUAGUGUAGAAUUUCUGUGAUCUUAACUUAUAAGUUCCAAAAUUUUCCUUGUUCUUUUUUCAGUAUCUUUUUUCUGUUCAAUUUUGUUAGCUAAGAUGGGAAAAGGAGAGGGUCCGGCGAUCGGAAUUGACUUGGGAACGUGCUACUUAUGUGUGGCAGUUUGGCAACGUAAUCGGGUGGAGAUCAUACCCAAUGAUCUGGGGAACCGUACCACACCAUCUUAUGUGGCUUUCAAAGAAACUCAUCGCUUGAUUGGUCAGGCAGCUAAGGACCAGGUUUCCAUGAACCCCACCAACACUGUUUUUGACUCUAAACGUUUGAUUGGAAGGCGAUUCAAUGAUGAAUCUGUGCAACGUGACAUGAAACUGUGGCCAUUCAGGGUGAUUGCUGACCCUGAUCAUGGGAGGCCCAUUAUUGCGGUCACAUACAAGUAUGAGGAAAAACAUUUUUUGGCUGAAGAAAUCUCUUCAAUGGUACUCGUAAAGAUGAAGGAGAUUGCUGAGGCUCACUGCGGUUCAAAGAUCAAGGAUGCUGUCAUUUCUGUCCCAGCUCGUUUCAAUCACUCACAGCGUCAAGCCACAAUGGAUGCCGGUAUCAUUGCUGGUCUGAAUGUGAUGCGGCUUAUCAAUGAGCCAACUGCUGCUGCUAUUGCAUAUGGGCUUGACAAGGAUGAUGGUACAGGUGAGAAGAAUGUGCUCAUCUUUGAUCUUGGUGGUGGGACAUUGGAUGUCUCACUUCUUACCGUUGAAGAGGGUAUCUUUGAAGUGAAAGCUACGGCUGGUGAUAAUCAUUUGGGAGGUGAAGAUUUUGACAGUAGAAUGGUGAACCAUUUCAUUAAAGAGUUCAAGGGAAAGCAUAAUAAGGAUAUUACUGGGGGUAAGGCUUAUAGGAAGUUGUGGAAUGCUUGUGAAAGGGCUAAGAGGAUGCUCUCAUCUAACACUAAAACAACAAUUGAGAUUGAUUCUUUGUAUGAUGGUAUUGACUUCUACUCAUUUAUCACCCGAGCCGAGUUUGAGGAGCUUAACCUGGAUUUACUCACAACGUGUAUGGGGCCUGUUGAGAAGUGUUUGAGGGAUGCUAAGAUGGACAAAAGCACUGUCCAUGAUGUGGUUCUGGUUGGAGGGUCUACGAGGAUCCCCAAAGUUCAGAAAUUGUUACAGAACUUCUUUGAUGGGAAGGAGCUCUGCAAAAGAAUUAACCCUGAUGAGGCUGUUGCUUAUGGUUGUGCUGUGCUGGCUGCAAUUCGCAAUGGUGAGGGUAAUACGAGAGUGGAAAAAAUCUUGUGCAUAGAUGUCACCCCUCUUUCUCUCGGUUUUGAGACCUCUGGAGAUUUAAUGACUAUGUUGAUUCCAAGAAACACCAUUAUUCCCACCAAAAUGGAGCGGUAUUUCACAACCUAUUCUGAUGAACAGGUGGUUGUGACCAUCCCGGUUUAUGAGGGUGAACGUGCCAAAACAAGUGGUAACAAUUUGCUGGGCAAGUUUGAGCUCUCUGGUAUUCCUCCAGCUCCUAGUGGAGUUCCACAAAUUACUGUUUGUUUUGACGUUGACGUUGAUGGAAUCUUGAACGUUUCUGCCGAGGACAAAACCUUUGGAAAGAGGAAUAACAUUACAAUCACUGAUAAGUGCGGGCUCUCCAAAGAAAAGAUUAAGAAAUUAGUGCAGGAGGCUGAGAGGUACAAGGCUGAGGAUGAGGAGCAUAACAUGAAGGCCAAAUCAAAGAAUGCACUUGAGAACUACGCUUUCAACAUGAGGAACACAUUUAGAGAUGAAGAGACUGUUGCUAAGGUUUGUGCUGUGGACAAAAAGAUGGUUGACGAAGUAAUUGAGGAGACUAUCGAUUGGCUUGAAAGGAACCAGAUUGCUGAGGCAGACGAAUUUGAGGAUAAGAUGAGCGAGCUGGAGAGCAUCUGCAAGGCAGUAAUUGCCAUGAUUGGUCAAGGCGCUGAUGAUGACGUGGGUGAAGCCACACUUGAGGAUGAACAGCACAUGGAGGAGAUUAAGAUUCAUCAAGGUGUUGAUUGUGACAUGAAUGUAUCUACUCAAGAGGAUACGAAGCCUAAGAAGGAGAUUAACAUUUGUCAGGGUUCUAAUGGUCACAUGGCUAUAGCCAUGGAAGAGGUCAAUAAGCUUCAGAAUGAGAUUAAGGACAAAGGGCAGGAGGCUGAGAAGAAUAUAGUUCAGGAUAAGGAGGAUAAGAAGAAGGAGAUUAAGGACAAAGGUCAGGAGGCUGAGAAGAAUAUAGCUCAGGAUAAGGAGGAUAAGAAGAAGAUUAAGGACAAAGGGCAGGAGGUUGCGAAGAAUAUAGCUCAGGAUAAGGAGGAUAAGAAGAAGGAGAUUAAGGACAAAGGGCAGGAGGCUGAGAAGAAUAUAGCUCAGGAUAAGGAGGAUAAGAAGAAGAAGGUUGAGAAGUACAAGGCUGAUGAUAAGGAGCAUAAAAAGAAGAUUGAGGCAAAGGAUGCAUUGGAAAAUUGUGCUUACUACAUGAGGUACAAAAUCAACGAUGUGAAGAAUGCUUUGAAAAAGACUGAAGAUGCAAUUGAGCAGGCCAUCCUCUGGCUUCAAAGGAACCAGCUUUCUGAGGCAGAUGAGUUUGUGGAUAAAAUGAAGGAGCGUUACCAAGAUGUACCCAGAGGCGGCUUGAUGCAUUUGGGAGGCUAAGGCUACCGCAUCUCUUGCUCUAUCAUUCAGCCGGCCCUAGAUGUACCAAGGAGCUGGUGGUGAUUAUGGUAAAUGAUUCUCUUGCACAUUUCCUUGCUUAAUAACUUAUUAAGAAUGUUGUUGCUGACAGAACCAUAAUUCUCUUAAGGUCUCCCUUUGUAAAUUUGGUAGUAGCUUAUUAAUAAUGUUGUUUAUAAAGAUGUAGCAACAGCCUUAUUGUAAUCUUGUUUUGGUUUACCUCUAUGAAGCUAUAUUUAUCAAAUAAAGAAUAUUUCUAGUCAAGCUAAAGCUGCUGCUGAAGAAAUAGUUGCUGCAGACAACACCGAGAACAGGGGAAGUCAAGAACUAGAAGGACAGAAGAACGACUUGUAGUUAGCUGUUGUAAACGACUUGUAGUUUAGUUGAUUGUAUAUGUGUUUGUUUAGUAAACUCACACGUGACACAUGUGCCAAGAUCUGUUAGUAUUA